UAGAACCCACAAAAGAGAUGUUUCAGGGGUCGAUUUGAGCGAUUCUCACUGAGGUGAAAUAUAACCUGGAGAAAGAUCGCUGCGUUUCCACGAAUUAAAGACACGACGCAUCAUCCUGAUAAAUGACAGCAAGGGCACUCGCGCGUGGUUAAACAGGACUUGGUGCCACAUGGCGAUGUUUUCGAGCCAAAUGUCUUCCACUCCCUUCUCAGUCCGGGACAUUUUAAACCUGGAACAGAGCCACGAAGACAUUGUCUCGUUGGAAAUGUCGCUUCCCACUUCGUCCUACAUGAUGUUUAAACCGGAGCCUUUCGUGGACGCGGUGAACGGAGCAGCGCUCUUCGCUCCUGGGGACGAGCAGGACACUAAAGGUGACAGGAGCACAUCUCUGGACUUUAGUCCUGCCUUUUAUGGAAAGAGUUUCUUAGAAAUGGAUCUAGCCAAAGACGCAAAAUCGGACGACACUCUUGAAGCAAAAGAGAGGAAAGAAAAGGUGCGUUUACCGGAGGAGCGACAGAAACCUGAUGAGGCGGAGCGGCCCAGUCAGCGGAAGCGGCGGAAGCCGCGCGUGCUGUUCUCGCAGGCGCAGGUGUACGAGCUCGAGCGACGCUUCAAGCAGCAGAAGUACCUGUCGGCGCCCGAGCGGGAUCACCUAGCGCACGUGCUCAAGCUGACGUCCACGCAGGUGAAGAUCUGGUUUCAAAACAGGCGUUACAAGUGCAAGCGCCAGCGUCAGGACCAGACGCUCGAGAUGGUGGGCGCGGGCCCGCCGAGGCGCGUGUCCGUGCCCGUGCUCGUGCGAGACGGCAAGCGGUGUUUGGGAGACGCCGCGUCCGCGUACAGCGCUUCUUACAAUAUGGGGAUCAACCACUUCCCUUAUAACGCCUACCACAGCUUCGGGAACGUGAACUUCCCGAGCGCCGGAAAUACGAACUACACGUGCAACUAUUCGGCGAGCGCAAACGUGCCUCCGGUGCAAACGUCACCGUCCAGCGGUAAUUAUGUGAAUUUUGGAGUCGGGGAUCUGAACAACGUGCAGACGCCGUUUCAGGCCAGCGGCGGAGUUUCCUCGUUACACGGCAUUCGGGCCUGGUGAAGCAGACUCUCCUGGACAUGAUGCACAGGCGAUAUAGAGGCAACACUCAGCUUGAAUUGCACGGAUGGUUGAAAUCACACAAUGUUCUUCCUGAUUCAGGAGUUUGUAAAUCAAUGUGAAGUAAGCUUUUGGGUAAAUCCAGUUCUGAGUAGGGGAAAUAUUUAGUUCAUUAAUUAAAAUGUGUUAUGUCAAAUUUGUUCCAUUCACACACACACACACACACACACACACAGGUAGGUACCAGGUACCAGACCAGUACUUCUCCCCUAGCUGAGGUGGAACCAUCAGGGUGACAUGUUUUGCACAUUUAUAGCUUAUGUAUUUUUUUCUAUCUUGGGAAGCUGCAUGUGCUUUAAUUAGCUAUUUAGAGUAAAACGUUUAAGGUCGAUCAGGUCUAUUAGGUUUCCAAGUGAAUUCUGCAUACUAAAUGCGCAAAACGUGUCCCCUUCAUCCAGUCUGGUGCCUUUAUUUCUAGGAGUUUCUCUCUCGAGUGUUUUCCUAUUAGAAACGGUACUGAGUCAAAGCAUCUUUUGGAAGAUAAGAGACCCCUUAAUUAUCCAAUUAACCCUUGGAGAACCUUAUUACCAUAAGAGUGUAGACACACGCAUACUUGCAUAUCUGCGUAAAAAUAUUACACAAGAAUAUAAACAGUAUCAGAUGCUAUUAUAUAUAUUUUUUCUGUAAAACGUAUAGCAAUUCUUUAAACUUUUUUUUAAACCAAGUCCAUUUAAUCAAAACUGUAUUUUAUUUGGAGAGAAAAUAGAAAGAAUUACAAGAAGAAGAAAAAGCAAGCGAACUUCUUGUCACUACGGUCAUACAUUAAUGUUCAUGUUCCAUUUUCAUAAUUAUUUUAACAACUGUGUAUAAUAAUUUAUCGAAAUUUCUCUGGGGUUGGAGACUCAGGAAGGGUUACAGAAAAAAAAAAUGAAAUUGAAAAAUGAAACAUAGAUAACAUCUGGGAAUAUGUGAAUUCUAUUAUUAUUAUUAUUAUUAUGAUGAUGAUGAUGAUGAUGAUGAUGAUGAUGAAGAAGAAGAAGAAGAAGAAGAAGAAGAAGAAGAAGAAGAAAUAAUAUUUUUCGGAAUUAACACAGGGAACAAAUAUAUUGAAUUAAAAUAAAAAGGAGCACUCUCGUGUUACGGGCAUGUUAAGG